AUGCCAACUAUCUCGAUAACAAACGCUGACGUAUUCGAUGGGCUUCACGUCAAAAACGUCCCCAAUCAGUGCUUCCAAGGAAGCCCCGGCAAUAUCCUCGCUCCUCAGUCGAAUUCAGACGUCCAUGUCGAUGGCACGGGAUGUACCUUGAUGCCAGGCCUCAUUGAUGCCAAGGUCGACGCCAAUUCGUCUCCAGGUGCGCUCUACACCUGUGCAGCCUUUGGCAUCACGACUGUCAUCGAUUCUUCCAGCACAAACGCCGAGUGUCAGGCGAUGCACUUGGCCGUCUCGGAGAACCCAACUCUCCCGUCUUAUUUCGCUACCGGCUCUGCAAUUGGGCCCGAAAAUGCCAGUUCCCUGAGCAUAUUCUCCUACCGCGCUGUCCGGGUCGCUACUACGCCAGCAGAGGCGAGACAGGUCGUGGCAGAAAAUGUUUCUGCCUCGAGUGGAGGAAACUUGGUCAAGAUCAUCGUGGACCAGCCCGGCUUGGAUUUUCAGACAAUUGCAGCUGCGGUCGCGGCAGCUCACGAGCACGGGAGCCUGGCCGUCGGACAGGCCUCCCAAUGUGAUGCUUACAAGCUCGCGCUUGACGCUGGUUUCGACGUUGUGACGGCCGUCCCUGUCGACGGCACGCUCGACGCCGAGGUAGUACGAGGAUUUGCGCAGAAAGGUAUCGGCGUCGUUCCCACCCUCUGCUAUCUGCGGAAAGCGGUCGACAAGGCGGAUAACGCAGACUAUGACUUUGCUCAUGCCAUGGCCGCGGUGAAGCAGCUUCAUGAAGCAGGAGUUCGGAUAUGUGCAGGGACGUCGGCGAACCAGGAAGAUAGCAUGACAGUGUCAUUUGGUCAGAGCCUGCACGAGGAGCUGAAGCUGCUCGCCGAGGCCGGGCUUACCAACAUGGAAGUGAUGCGGGCUGCAACAUGUGUUCCCUCUGCGCUAUUCAGGUUGCCCGACCGCGGAGCCAUUGAAGUAGGCUACAGAGCGGAUUUGCUACUUGUCAGUGGUAAUCCGCUUGAGAACCUGGCUCUUGGCAGCCAGAUCAGGCGGGUCUGGAUUGCUGGGGUCGAGAUUGAUAUCAGGUAA